GGCGGCUCCCGCUGGGCUGCGCUGCGCCCCAGCCGCGGCGGUGGGUGUUCCUCCGCCCCGCGCCCGCCCUCCCUCCCUCCCCGCCCGGCCGGCCGGCCGGGUCUCGGCGGCGGCGGUGCGCUGAGCUGCGCUGCGCGCGGGCGAGGAGGAGGAGGAGGAGGAUGUGAAGAUGGCGGAGCUGCAGAUGCUGCUGGAGGAGGAGAUCCCGGGGGGGCGCCGGGCCCUGUUCGACAGCUACACCAACCUGGAGCGGGUGGCCGAGUACUGCGAGACCAACUACAUCCAGUCAGCAGAUAAACAGCGGGCCCUAGAAGAAACCAAAGCCUACACUACCCAGUCCUUAGCAAGUGUAGCCUAUCUGAUCAACACCUUGGCUAACAAUGUUCUCCAAAUGCUGGAUAUUCAGGCAUCCCAGCUGCGGCGUAUGGAAUCUUCAAUCAACCAUAUUUCACAAACAGUGGACAUUCACAAAGAGAAAGUUGCUAGAAGAGAAAUUGGCAUUUUGACUACAAAUAAAAACACCUCAAGGACCCACAAAAUUAUUGCACCAGCCAACCUGGAGCGACCGGUUCGUUACAUUAGAAAACCUAUUGAUUACACAAUUCUAGAUGAUAUUGGACAUGGAGUGAAGUGGUUGCUUAGAUUUAAGGUUAGUACACAGAAUAUGAAGAUGGGUGGGCUGCCCCGUACUACGCCUCCUACCCAGAAACCACCCAGCCCACCAAUGUCAGGAAAAGGGACUAUUGGGCGUCAUUCUCCCUAUCGCACACUGGAGCCAGUGCGUCCUCCAGUGGUACCAAAUGACUAUGUACCUAGCCCAACACGUAAUAUGGCUCCCUCGCAACAGAGCCCUGUUAGAACAGCUUCUGUGAAUCAGAGGAAUCGCACAUACAGUAGCAGCGGGAGCAGUGGAGGGAGCCACCCGAGUAGUCGAAGCAGCAGUCGAGAGAACAGUGGAAGUGGAAGUGUGGGUGUUCCUAUUGCUGUUCCUACUCCUUCUCCUCCCAGUGUCUAUCCAGCCCCUGCUGGCUCAGCUGGCACUUCUCCCCUUCCUGCUACCUCUGCACCUGCCCCUGCCCCUCCUGCUACUGCCCCCUCCUCUGCUGCCCCAGAUGCUGCUGCUGCUGCAGGAGCCCAGCCCCUUGCUGAUGGCUUCACCUCUCCAACUCCCCCUGCUGUUUCUUCCGCUCCUUCUGCAGGUCACCCUGUUCAGUUCUACAGCAUGAACAGACCUGCAUCUCGGCACACCCCCCCAACAAUAGGUGGCUCCUUGCCAUACAGGCGUCCUCCUUCCAUCACUUCACAGACGAGCCUUCAGAACCAGAUGAAUGGAGGACCUUUUUAUAACCAGAACCCAGCAUCCCUUGCUCCUCCUCCCCCCUCCAUCCUACAAGUAACUCCACAGUUACCACUAAUGGGAUUUGUGGCCAGAGUCCAAGAAAAUAUUUCAGAUACCCCUCCUCCUCCUCCACCUGUAGAUGAGCCAGUCUUUGAUGAAUCCCCACCUCCCCCGCCACCUCCAGAAGAUUAUGAAGAGGAGGAGGCAGCUGUGGUGGAGUACAGUGAUCCCUAUGCUGAAGAAGAUCCUCCUUGGGCACCAAGGACCUACUUAGAAAAGGUUGUGGCGAUCUAUGAUUACACAAAAGACAAAGAGGAUGAGCUCUCAUUUCAGGAAGGUGCCAUCAUUUAUGUCAUUAAGAAGAAUGAUGAUGGUUGGUAUGAGGGUGUCAUGAAUGGAGUGACGGGGCUCUUCCCAGGGAACUAUGUGGAAUCCAUCAUGCAUUACUCUGAGUGAAGACUACAUGGCAGAGAGCUGCAUCUCACACUGCAGGAACUGUUGGGGCUCCCUGGACCUCCCCCAGCCUCUGGGGGCCCUUCCAACUGAACUGAAUGAAGGAUAAUUGUAACAGAACCACUUUUUUGGCUUUUUUUCAUUAUAAAAAAAAUAGUGAUUUGAGUUUUUUGAACAAAUGGCUCUUCUGGCUGCCAACAGCAGCUGUAGCGAGCCUUCUGACUUUGAAUAAGCUGACCCAUUCAGGUGUAGAUACUGGAGAUGUAACGAACUUGUUGAGUAGCUGAUACUUUACUCAAAUUCAGACCGAUUCAAGCAGGAUCUGGGAUCUGUCUCAGGAAUACUGUAUGCCCCUGUGAUAUAACCCUGGCAUUAGUACUUGGCUCUGGGACAUCCUGGAUGCCAGUGGUAAAAGGUUAAUUGCCAGUGGAUAUCCCUUCCUUUUUGUACACUACACUUGCAUGCAGCUGGGCGAACAUUCACAUGCUAGCAAACAUUUGGAUUUGUACCCAAAGCAGUUCACGUAUCUGACUUCCAGAUGGUUCGUUACAUCUUUAACAUGAACACGUCUCCAGCUGCUCUGCACUUGUAGACUGAUGCAGGGGCACACAGAGCUGGCUUUGAUUCAUGUACCUUUAAGUUUAGCUAAUUAAAAUGGAUGCAGCCAGAAGACCUUUCCCUCACCCUCUUCCAUUCCCUUAAUCUUAGUUAUUUGAAUGCCACAGUUUUUUUUUUUUUAAAUGCACUGGUGUAAAUGUUAUCCUUUGCUGCAAGUUCCCAGCCUGCUGGUGCUGCAGAUUGAACUGAACAUGUGUUUGCAGUUUUAUGAUGAAGGGGAAAUUGAAUUUACCGGUCCCUAGGAGCUAGAGGAUCACUCUAGGGGGAGAAGGUCUAGGGUUGGAAAUUACUGAUGCAUGCUUGCACUGGAGGCAAGUUAUUCAUCCCAAAUGCUCAAUAUCAUGCACAAAUUUCUUUUAAAAAAGAAUGAGGUAUUCUAAAUUGGCUGUGAGACUUGAUUUCUAGGUUUCAGUCUACACCGGGAAAGCCAGUGCAAAGGCAGGGCAAGCAGCAAUUGCUGUUAUUAGUUCUGCUGCCAAAAUCUCUUUGGUGGAAGUAAAAAGGGCUGCUCUGUUUAUUGGUUUCCCACAAAAAGCUGAGCAGUAAUUGGCAGUUACCUUAGCUCUUUCAUAGCUGUGUCUAUCCAGGUAUAAGUCAACCUCCACUAAAAGUUUCCUGUACUUUUAAUAGUUUACUUUUCACCCAUUUUCAGCUGUAAAGGCCAUUACUUGAGUCUGCUUAAUGUGUGCAAGUCAGCCACUAGGAAGGACUUAAAAGGUGAGUGCUAGCUGUUCAUUAAUUCAGGAAACAGAUGUAACUGGUUGCUGCAAGGCAGCUGGUUUCCAUCCAGGUCAGGCAUUGUCCUGGACUUUGUUUGUAGCUCUGGUCAGAUUCCAGUCAGCAUGAACAGUAGCUUAAUCAUGUCUGGAUAAGGCUGCAGCUGUCAGCUAAGGCAUGAGUGUAAAAUGGAAUAUUGUAGAGAAUAUAACUCCUGGGAGGCUGAUUUUGCUGCCUUAUUAGCAAAAAUAUGUAUAAUUGAGCCAGUUCUCUAACUUGGUAGUGCAGCACCUUGCCAGAAGUGGAGGUUUAGAGCAAGUGUAGAUUCUCGGAUGGGGAGCACUGCUGUGUGUGUGUGGGGGGGGGAAUGAACAGUCUGUGCCAUUCUUCCUUAUUCUUGGGCUGUGGAAGCUCCAUGCCGUAUCGGAUGACUCCGAUUGCAGGCCCAUACCCUACAGGAAGACUAUGGUGCGCGUGCAGGCACAGGCCUCUUGCAGCUGUGUGGGACAAACCAAUUUCCAGGGGAGGCUGAAAAUGUUUAACCCCCAGACGGCUGCAGCUUUGGAGAGGCUGGGCAUCCUCUCUGUUCUGGUCAGGGCUGCCUUUUUUUUCCCCCCCUGCCUCUUGGGACAUACUCAUUUAUAGCUGGCACUGAAGCUGAGACACCAUCAUCCUCCUGUCAGGAAGCUGCUUCACUCAAUUACCCCCUCUGCCUGUCUGCCACAGAAAUAGUGCCAUUUAUUCAGUUUCCCAGCCUGGUCACUGCAGCCUGAAAAGGCUCAUUUGAUCUUGUUGCCAGCACAUGUGCUUUGCUCCUUCUCUCAACUUUCCUGCCCUUCUGGAACGGGGGCAAUUAUGUGUCAUUCAGGAUUAAAAAUGAUGGCACUGAUCAAAAACACUUACUCUCUGGAGUUUUUGCCUUGUAGCCAAACUCAUGAAAGCAGCUGUUAUUAGAGCCCUUGGCCCAGUACCCUUGUAAGUGUUCUCCAUUGGAGCUACCUACCUGCAUAGUUACCGAGCCUCAGCUACUGGGUUACUUCCUGUGCGUCCGCCGCUUUGGUGGAAUAUCAUGAAGCUCUGAAGGGACCAAGCACAUAGCCUGCAAAAUCUGACAGGUGAGAUAGGGCUGCCCGGCCUCGGAAGUGGGAAACCUGCUGCUUUCCAGGGAAGUGGCUAGGACUGAGGGACCAGUGUUUUGUUUGCACCUUGCUGAGAACAUGUGAGAGCUUGCUUAUGUUGCAGGGCGUUUCUGGAUCACCUCCUGCUGGUUUUAUGCUUUAUGCAGCACUAAUGUUGUAAAGAAACUUGUUGGGUUUUAUGCAUAUUUUUUAUUUUGUACAGUUUUGAACUCUGUAGAUUGUCUAAGGAUGAUUCUAUGUUAUGAUCAUAGACCAGGCCCAAAGUAAUCAGAUUUUGUAUGUAAUGUUACAUAGACUGCAUGCUAUUAAAGUCAGUGAGGGUCGUGUUUUCCAUUUUUAUCCUGGAUAAUAAUCCCCCCCCCCCAACCUAUUUUCCCCUUUUAUUUAAAUAUUUACUUUAAAAAGGGGUGGGCUGGGAGAAGAUGAUAUUCAAACAGAUGAAGAACUUCUCCCACUGCGUCCUGCUGUCAACACUAAAAUGAGGAUGUUAAAAGUUGCGUGCCACUUGAUCAUGGUGUUCUUGUGCACAGUGGAGAGGGGUGGGGGGUCACACCAGACUAGCCCAAAGCAUGCUGUAGGGUCAAAAUAGUCUCUCUCCCUUACUUCCUCCGCUAAGGUGUUUGUUUUUAGUUUUUCAUCAAAAUUUGGGAGGGUUUCUGCAGGUGAUUUUUUUUUUUUAAUUAAGGUUCAAGUUCGAGAAGAGUGAAAACAUAAUGUUUCACAGGGAUGAAGGUAUUAAAUAUAUUUUAUAUAAAACAAUUGUGAACAAAAUGCACAGUGCCAGUCUGCUUAAUGGAGAAGAGAGGAGAACGGCUGUACUGUUGCCUUGACACUAGGGAAGGAGCGGCGUGUAGAGGGAAAAGCUUGUUACUGUAGGAACGGCAGGCAAGGUUUGUUGGGUAGAUGUGAGAUCUUUUAUUAGACCAACUAAAUCGUUGGAAAAAAGUUCUUUGCAAGCUUUCGGGCACAAGCACCCUUCAGGCAUUGGGAGACUGUUGCUGUUAUGAGUUCCACAACCAACAACCCUUACUGCAGGAGCCGUCUUUGUGUCCAGUUUCUUUUCAAGUCCUGGAGGUGCUGGUUGGUUUUUACUUCCCCCCAAGGGUGUUUGCAGCAGCUGGGCUUUGGGAGCAGGGCAGGCAGUGCUGAGGCUGUGCUCCCUCACACGUUGGCUUGCGUGCCUGCCUGUCUCGGCCGCUGUCAGGAGGCAUGGCACGCUGCUUGAGGCAUUGCUGGUGUCACAGGAAAGCAGAAGUAGCAGCAUGGGCAACAAAAGAGAACACUUUUUGGAAGUAUCAUUUCCCCAGAUCAUAUGAGGAAGGGGUAGGGUCUGUGAGGCUAUGAGAUGACUGCACCUGGUGAGGAUAUCUCAGCAUGACCCUUUGGGAGCAGAGUGCAACUCCUGCCCCUCUGUGAGAAGUGAUGCCUUGCAGUUCAGGUAAACAGCUCUGGGCUCGGUUGCUUAUUUGAACCAUUGGAGUCCCCUCAGCCCUCUCUUCCCUCCCCACCAAGUGCCCCCCUCUUGGUAGGGCUGUAGUUAGUGUUAUGGUUUGAUAAGCUAGUUCUCCAAAAAACAGUGUAGUUGUUCCCCCAACCCUGCAUCCUCCUGCCACUAUGUUGGGCACCUUAUUUCUCUGUUGUGGUUCCCAUGGCUUCUCCUUCCGAUCGAUUACUUUUCCUAGAAGCAUCUAACGGAUGUGCCCAUCAUUUUUGCGUGCUCCAACAUGUUAGUACUGCUGAAGAGAAGAGGCUCUAAUGAGCUCUGCUUGGCUUGGUGCAGGGAACAGUUGCCACCCAGUGUCAUUUGCUGUUCAUAGGGGCUCCUAGUAACAGCAGGCCAGAAGUUAUAGGGAAAACCUAAGGUUCAUCUACAUUGCUAUGCUAUGCUGGCACUUGUGGACAUGUGAAGUGGCUGCCUUCUUCUGGAGGCUGGGGACAGCUGCUUUCUGAAAGGUGACAACUCCCACCUGGGGCUUUCCUAGUUUGGAGGUGAAAGCAGGGGCGGGGAGAGCAACAAUAUUUUUUCAAAGGAUUGCUCCCACCUCAGCUCAGCCUCUGGGUGAUGUUGGAGGCCGCAGUGGAAGGAGAUCUUCCUGGUUACCCUGCUUUCACCUUUUCCUAGGGAAGAAGCUUGCAGAUGAGGCACAGGGGAAAACAGAUGCUGUCCUUUUUUUUCUUAAGUGUCACAUCAGGCUUCAGUGUCUCCAACCUAAACUGCCUGUUGGUGAACCUGGGCUCCAGGAGUCUUAGGAGCUCCCUCCUGCAUAGUGGUUAAUUGCUCUUCUGUUGGGUGGUGUCCUAGGGGAGAAGUUCAUGAUUGUGUCUAAAGGGAGUGGACUGCUUCAUGUUACCCUUCUGGCCUUGGAUUUAAAUCACAGGCUGAACAUAUGAUUGUAAAUGUUGGGUUUGCAGGGAUUGACAAACAGGAAUUUCAGAAGUUACUGCACACAGAGAUGACUUGUUUAAAGGCUAUUACCCAUGCUGGAAGCAGACAUGGGUAUAAUUCAGGAUGGGGGUGAACUGCCAUUGCUUAGUGAUUCUGUUGUUAAACUCUGAAAAGCAGAAGCCCUGUUGGCAAGUACUCCCAAUAUGCCAGUAAAGUACCAUGGUUUCUAAGUGGGGAUUUAGCAAGUGUUAGGGCAGAUUCAGUAUUUGGCCACAGCAAUGUAAUGACAUUACAAGCCAUAGGUUGGGGAAGGCCUUAGCCCAAGUACUGAUAGCGACAGGACAAGUGCAGAGAGGUUGCACACACACAAGAGAUCAUUUGAAGUCAUUCCUGUCUAGUAUUUGGAACUGGAAAAGUGUCUGUCACAAUCUGAGCAACGGGAGAUAGAAGAUGGGAUGUAGUCUACAUAGAAUUUGCUGCAUUUGCGAGGAUAUUUAUCAUAUUUCCUACCCUGGGGCUAUUAAAGAGUUACACAUUUCUGGAUAAGACUGUAUUAUACUGUGGGGAAAAAACAGUGCAAGAGGGGGGUUGGUUUGUGUAGUAGCUGAAGUCACUGCCUAUAGUUAUAUGGUCCCAGCCAUCUGAUUUUUAUUUUGAAACUACAAGUACAGCAGGGCUGCCUCCUCCCCUCCCCCAUCUGAUAUAUUUGGGAAGAUACUUGAAAGCUUGCUCAAUGCAGCCAUAGCUCAGCAACUAUCACAGGGAACAAUUCCUAGCCCACAGUAUUCUGCUGCAUUUGACACCAGUAUGUAUACACCACCGCCACGGCAAGAAGCAGCGCCUGGCUUUGGUGCUGUAAACGUGCAGAGUUUGUUCGCAUCUUUGCUCGUUACAAGGCAUCUAUCACAAAAAAAGGUGCUUUGAUAAAGCAGUGAAAGUAAAGGCAGUAUCCAGUUGUCAAGACAUGCCCUUACAGCCAGCCUCCUGCUCAAUACCAAGAUGGUGACUCUGCUGAAAUGCGUGCAGUGCAUCCGUUCCUGUCUCUCUAAUCGAUAACCUCAGUGAAUUCUACCACCGUUGACUAACGUGGAAGAGCUGAGCUGUGUACAAAUUGAUUUCCGUUAAAGGGCCUCGUUGAAGAGCUGACAUGUCUUCUGAGUUUUUUUGUAAAGAACAAGUGCUUAUUUUCACAUUUGAAAAGAAGAAGUGUCUUUUGCAAUUUGCAUGGGCAGGUAGUUUCUAUGAAUCCUUUGGAAAUGUCAGUGUCUAACAUGCAUUUUGUCCAUGCAUUUUUUUCUUGAAAUAGAAACCACCCCAUAUGGUUUACAGUGAGAAGAUAAGCGAUUUGUGCUUUUGAUUCUGGUACUGGUCAUGCGGUGGAUGUAUUUGGAACCCCCACUCUGACAUGGUAAAUGUUGAUAAAUCAGUUACAACACAUGCAGGACUCUGGGGAGCUGUGUGCUGCCGGUAAUGUUUUAUUGUGUGUGCCAUUCAAACCACCUUCCAAUGAGUGCAGAACAUUAAAUUUUUAAAUUUUUUUAAUUGUACUUGGAAUUAACUGUUGCUGUGUACUUAACCCUCUUGUUAAGAGUCCUAAAUAAAGAACAAAGCACACCAAGUGCUCUGUCAUUGUGCCA